AUGGAAGCACAUUCAAAUCCUGUUGAGUCGGAAGGCUCUCCAGAUUUUUUGGAUUAUGCGGAUUCUGACAAUUCUGAUUUCCAAGUGCCUCUGUCCAUACCAGACGACAAUAGCAGCAAACGCAGGACGGAAGAGUCAGACAGCCAAGAGGAUGAAGAGGACAGCAAUGUAUGUGGCAUUUGCCAAAAGGAAUGGGCCAACAAUGGAUUUCACAGCAUUGCUCAGAUGAAGUGUGGCCAUUGUUUUGGAAGAUCUUGUAUCAACCAAUAUAAACGGGAUAAAUUUAAAAACAGUGCAUUCAAUUGUCCUCUCUGCGGCCAGCUGUCAAAGAGACGAGAAAUACGAAAGAUUUGGCCAUCCAAGCUUAUUCCCGAGGAUCAAUCGUAUAUUGAUAAAUUAACCUCUGAGCUGAAAGAGUUGGAUCAACGAUUGGCACAGUUGGCUACACAAAAUGCAGACAUACAGAAGAAGAUGGUCGAAAAGAAGGCUGUGCUGGACAGUUUCGAUUCUCUGCUGCCGGUCGUACCUAGUCAAGCGACAACCCAGGAGAUUGUGGAGAGUCAAACAGAGCAGGGAUUUGCUUUAAAAAGCAGGGUUUCAAUGAGAGGAGAGGUGUACCAUGCCGUGAAUUUGAAUCCUUUGGAAGACAUGGCAGUGGUGUCUACCUUUCAACAAGCAAGAAGACGAUAUGGAUUCCGAAAAAUCAACAUGUACGACACAUCCGUUACCGAGUUUAUACCCACAAAUCAUCAAAAUAUAAUCAGAGACAUCAAACACUCACCCAACGGCAUGUUGCUCAGCACAGGCGACGAUAGAACGCUAAAACUGACAUCGGUCACCAAGAGCCUUGUGGUUCAAUCGUACACACUGGAGGCUCCCUCAAGAGCAUGUGCUUUCGAUGAUAAAAACCUCAACCUAUUGUAUUGUGGACUGGCAACAGGCGCAUUAAUGGUCUAUGAUGUGAGGAAUACGAGAGGCUAUUUGUCCAAGCUGGUAGAUCCAGAGAGAAACAACCCCCUUUUAUCUGUCAUACCAAAAGGGAACUCCAUUCUAUGUACAGAUCAAUACGCUUCUUACACUUGGGAUCUUGGUGAAUCACAACAGUAUACUGCUCAGUCAUUGUAUCUGCAGCAUCAAGUGCAGAACAAAGGCGCUCAAGACACCAUCUACUCUGUCAGCAUGAGCGAAGAUACAUUUGUCACAUCCAGGAGAAAUGGCGGCAGGAUGGAGCACCAUAUCAAUAAAAUAACUAAUGAAAAUGGACAAAGAAUCUUUGAUGAAGCAUGGUCUUGCGCUGUACUUCAGGAUGAGCCCUCCUUUUGCAGAAACACACACUUUAGUAGAGACGACGAGGUGUUUCUUUGUUAUGCUGAAAAAGACAAGGUGACAAUACGAACCAAGGAUAGCCAAACACAGGCUUUUGCUACUGACGGCCCCGUGUUUGAUAUCCAGCAUACGACUAAUGGCGUGAACGAGUUUCUUGCAGCCCUAUCCAACGAUACACUGUACAUAUAUACAUACGAUGUUUAA